AAAAAUAAAACUAUUAAAGUAACAAUUAUGUUUAAAAAUACCUUUCAAUCUGGAUUCCUUUCGAUUCUAUAUAGUAUUGGAUCGAAACCACUACAAAUAUGGGACAAAAAGGUUCGCAAUGGACACAUAAAAAGAAUAACAGAUAAUGAUAUCCAGUCACUUGUGCUUGAAAUUAUUUCAUCAAAUGUAUCAACGACAUUUAUUACAUGCCCAGCCGAUCCAAAGAAAACUUUAGGAAUCAAAUUGCCUUUCCUCGUAAUGAUCAUAAAAAAUCUCAAAAAGUAUUUCACAUUUGAAGUUCAGGUCCUUGAUGAUAAAAAUGUUCGUCGACGUUUUAGGGCCAGUAAUUACCAAUCAACAACAAGAGUAAAACCAUUUAUUUGCACAAUGCCAAUGAGGCUAGACGAGGGAUGGAACCAAAUACAAUUCAACCUUUCCGAUUUCACACGUCGAGCUUAUGGCACAAAUUAUGUUGAAACCUUGAGAGUUCAAAUACAUGCUAAUUGUAGAAUCCGCAGAGUUUACUUUUCUGAUCGCUUGUAUUCUGAAGACGAGUUGCCUGCUGAAUUUAAACUCUUCCUGCCCAUACAAAAGCCUCAACAAUCAAAAGUUGUUGUCACACAAUAAGAUCACUCAAUCAAGACUUAAUAUGCACUUUUGACACUUAAAAUUUAAACAUUUCACUUAAAUUCACAAUGAAAUGGCACGUUUUUUGUGAUUAGCUACACAUUUCUUUUGAAAAAUAACUUCAGGAUGUUCACAUCAAGGAUUUUCAAAGCAAAAUUUAAAUAAAAAAGAUAUAUUUUUGAUCGAAAUUGUUUGUCUGACUCUGAAUCUCAUACAAUGUGAAUAUGAAUAUUUAGCC